AUGACAUCAUGUGCACUGGUGCGUCAACCCGAGGCCGCUGAGUGGUCGCCCGUUGCAAACCCAAGCGAGAAAGUGCCCUCGAGUAGCUCUACUGCGUGGGCAGAAGGAGAUCGGACGAGACGCGUUCGAUGGGCUUCCAAUCAAGUAUCUCCGGCCAAUCAAGAGGCGAUUUGCGAGGCCGCGCGGACAAUGGCCAUGGCAGGCUACAGGCACGACGAUCUCCUGAUGCGUCAUGUCGGCUUCUACAUGAAGGUUUCCAAGAACAAGAAGAAAACGCAGACCAUGAUGGCCGUCUUUUGCGACUUGUCGCGAGUCACCCGGGUGAGCUCCGACGAAGAUAAGGAAGCGGCGCGCAUGGCCAUGCUCACCAAACUUUCGCUUGAGCCCGGCGAUGUGUUGUGA